GAGAGGAGAGUUUAGAGCAGCAGGUCGCUGCCACUAAAUCAGAUUAAUAGGCAAACUGGAUUGUGACGUCAGGGUUUAAAACUGCGGGCGGCGUCGUCUCGCGCUGUUCGUGCUGGAGCGGCGCUGUGUGAAGGAAGGCUCGAGCUGCUUGCUCUCUCUGCAUGGGCAAGCAUGACUCCAUCAGCAGCAGCAACAGCAGCAGAACCGUAGAGCAGCUACUCCAAAGACAAGCCUCUGACGAUGGCCUCCUAUUUGGAGAUACUUGAUGAUGACAAGGGUCAUGAACUGAGUCUUUUUUGUGUACCCAAACACUAUGAAGAAGAUUUAGACAGUGUUAUAAUUCCCAAUGGUCUUAUCAAAGAUCGGACUGAGCGGCUGGCCAGGGAUAUUGUUCGUGAUAUGGGAGGACACCAUAUCGUGGCACUGUGUGUACUGAAAGGAGGGUAUAAAUUCUUUGCAGACCUGAUGGAUUACAUUAAGGCACUGAAUCAGAACAGCGAUAAGUCUGUGCCGUUGACUGUGGAUUUCAUUAGGCUAAAGAGCUACUCAAAUGAUCAGUCAACAAACUGUGUAAAGGUUAUCGGAGGAGAUGAAUUAUCUGCUCUUAGUGGAAAGAACGUGCUUAUAGUCGAGGAUAUUGUAGAGACAGGACGGACCAUGGAAACACUGCUAGCAUUAUUAAAUGAAUGUAAUCCCAAAAUGGUCAAAGUGGCCAGCCUACUUGUGAAAAGGACUCCAAGAAGCUCAGGAUACCGUCCUGAUUACAUUGGGUUUGAGGUUCCUGAUAAAUUCUUGGUGGGAUAUGCUCUGGACUACAAUGAAUAUUUCAGGGAUCUGAGUCACAUCUGUAUACUAAGCGACAGAGCAAAAGAGAAGUAUAGAGUAUGAAAAGAAUCUGAAGUGCUGGACGCAUGAAGACUAAGACCACUGUGAACCUUCCCUUCUUGGUGUGCUGGUUAUGAAGAGUUAUUUUUCUACAUUCUUCAUUUCUAUGUUUUAUCAAAGAAGUAUGAACUCAUGCAAUGCAGAGAAGAAAUAAGAAAUGCCCAAACAUGGUGCUGGAGAGAUGUAGAAAAUGAGUAGAAAACUAGAAAAUGAGUCAUGAUUUUGUUUGGAAUCAGUAGGCCUUGUUUUGAUUUUAUUUUAUUGGAUUAUAAAUAUCACAGGUAUAAUGAUAUUAUAGAUUAUAAAUUGUGUUUUGCAUAUCUUUUUAUUUAUUAUUUCUACUGAGGCCUUAGGUGUACUUAAACAUUUUUAUGUUAUCAAUGGCACUUUUCAGUGAUGUGGCAGUGUCUCAGACUUUAAGGUCCAGAGAAGAGGAAAUGUAAGACAUUAUUUGGAGGCAGUGCAGAACUGUACAUUUUGUUGUUACCUCUAAUAAAUCUGUACAGUAUUUUAUUCAUGUCAUGAGAAACAGUGUAAAAGUGUGCUUAAUUGUGUGUUGGAGUGGAAUGUUGGAAUGGUUUGGUAUUGAUGCCAAGCUUUCCUGGAAUUACUGCAAUAAAAUAACACUAGUGUAA